AUGCGUGGCGCAGUAACGUUCCUCGGCGCUCUCCCUGCUCCCCGGCCUGAGGCUAGGCCAUCCGGCCACCACCUCUCCUACUCGACCAUCGCCUCCGCCGACGCCUCCGCCAUGGCCAAUGACAGCGGCGGGCCCGGCGGACCGAGCCAGAGCGAGCGAGACCGGCAGUACUGUGAGCUGUGCGGGAAGAUGGAGAACCUGCUGCGCUGUGGUCGCUGCCGCAGCUCAUUCUACUGCUGCAAAGAGCACCAGCGCCAGGACUGGAAGAAGCACAAGCUCGUGUGCCAGGGCAGCGAGGGCGUCCCCGGCCAUGGAGCGGGUCCGCACCAGCAGCCCGGCCCUGCGCCACCCGCCGCCGCGCCGCCGCCCAGGGCUGCUGGGGCCGGUGCCCGGGAGGCCAGGAAAGGAGCGGCGCGUCGGGAUAGCGCCGCCGCCACCAAGGCUUCGGGCCGGCCGGCCGGCGGGGAUGCGGCCAAGGCAAAGACCAAACCCGGGGCCGACGCUGCCGCAGCUGCGUCCCCACCUUGCGCGAACGCCUGCGGCCAGGGCCCAGCGGCGGCCGAGGCGGAGCCCAGGAAGGUGGAGCCGCUGGGCCGCCCGUCGAUUUUGGAGAAGGCAAACAUGUACCCGCCGAGCAACUCCCCCGGCGAAGGGCUGAGCCAAGGCGUCGGCCUACGGCCCAACGGGAAAACGAAGCCCCUGCCGGCGCUGAAGCUGGCGCUGGAGUACAUCGUGCCUUGCAUGAACAAGCAUGGCAUCUGUGUGGUGGACGACUUCCUGGGCAAGGAGACGGGGCAGCAGAUCGGCGACGAGGUGCGCGCGCUACACGACACGGGCAAGUUCACGGACGGCCAGCUGGUUAGCCAGAAGAGCGACUCGUCCAAGGACAUCCGAGGCGAUAAGAUCACCUGGAUCGAGGGCAAGGAGCCCGGCUGCGAAACCAUUGGGCUGCUGAUGAGCAGCAUGGACGACCUGAUCCGCCACUGUAACGGGAAGCUGGGCAACUACAAAAUCAAUGGCCGGACGAAAGCCAUGGUUGCUUGUUACCCCGGCAAUGGAACAGGUUAUGUGCGCCAUGUUGAUAAUCCAAAUGGAGAUGGAAGAUGUGUGACAUGUAUAUAUUAUCUUAAUAAAGACUGGGAUGCCAAGGUAAGUGGAGGUAUACUUCGAAUUUUUCCAGAAGGCAAAGCCCAGUUUGCUGACAUUGAACCCAAAUUUGAUAGACUGCUGUUUUUCUGGUCUGACCGCCGCAACCCUCAUGAAGUACAACCAGCAUAUGCUACAAGGUACGCAAUAACUGUUUGGUAUUUUGAUGCAGAUGAGAGAGCACGAGCUAAAGUAAAAUAUCAAACAGGUGAAAAAGGAGUGAGGGUUGAGCUCAAUAAACCUUCUGAUGCCAUCAGUAAAGAUGUCUUAUAGAGCCUUUCAUCCAGCAAUAUCCCCACUGCACUACAGUAAUUGUUGACACUUUGCUAACUUGUGAACACAAAUAAGCAAGAGAAAGAAAAAUAGACAUUCAGUCAGCAUUUUAGGAAAAGAUACAACUGUUUUGUGUUACAUCAGACAAGAAGAUUUCAACUGCUGUGACUUUGUACUGCGUGAGUGACUCUGAAAUUUGAAAUUGCCUAUGGGAAGAAAAUAAGCUACCAAUUGAAAAUGGUUUUUACAUCCAGAUGUGAAAUAAGUGCCCUGUGUAGAGUUUUUUCAUGCUUAUAUUUUACCCAAUCUGUCAUCUAGCUGAGUUCAUUUCAUCUCUCCCUUUUUUAUAGCAAGUUUGAAUUUGGGGUAAUUUUUGUAUGAUUAGGUACAAUUUAUCAAAACUGAAUUGAGAAAAAAAUUACAGUAUUAUUUCUCAAAAUAACAUCAAUCUAUUUUUGUAAACCUCUUCGUACUAUUAAAUUUUGCCCUGAAAGACCUCUCACCAUGAUUGUUGCCAGUGACUGAUGCUUAAUUUUCUUUUUACUUAAAGUAAGAAAAGGAGCACUUUACCAAUGGAAACAUCAGAUUGUUGUGUAGUCCUCUCUUGCUCUAAUUUGAAUUCUUUAAGAUUGCUGCUGUGAUUUUUUGAAAUUGUUAAUAAUGAAACCUAACAGUAAAACAAUCACCAUUUAUUAC